CCGGCUCCUCCCCUUCAGUCUUGCACAGGUGUACCGGCUCCUCCCCUUCAGUCCUGCACAGGUGUACCGGUUCCUCCCCUUCAGUCUUGCACAGGUGUACCGGCUCCUCCCCUUCAGUCUUGCACAGGUGUACCGGCUCCUCCCCUUCAGUCUUGUACAGGUGUACCGGCUCCUCCCCUUCAGUCUUGCACAGGUGUACUAGCUCCUCCCCUUCAGUCUUGCACAGGUGUACUGGCUCCUCCCCUUCAGUCUUGCACAGGUGUACCGGCUCCUCCCCUUCAGUCUUGUACAGGUGUACCGGCUCCUCCCCUUCAGUCUUGCACAGGUGUACUAGCUCCUCCCCUUCAGUCUUGCACAGGUGUACUGGCUCCUCCCCUUCAGUCUUGCACAGGUGUACUGGCUCCUCCCCUUCAGUCUUGCACAGGUGUACCGGCUCCUCCCCUUCAGUCUUGCACAGGUGUACCGGCUCCUCCCCUUCAGUCUUGCACAGGUGUACCGGCUCCUCCCCUUCAGUCUUGCACAGGUGUCCGGCUCCUCCCCUCCAGUCUUGCACAGGUGUACCGGCUCCUCCCCUCCAGUCUU